CUGGCGUCCCGCUCUCUCUGCUGAUGGUUCUGUUCCGGCUUCCGGCAUCCGCCCCAGCCCAGGAUUCAAUUUUGACCUCCACUCCAGGCAGCCCUCUCUCUCCCAACGAAUAUGAACACUUCUUCGCGCUGCUGACCCCAACCUGGAAGGCAGAGACGACCUGCCGUCUCCGUGCGACGCACGGCUGCCGCAACCCCACCCUCGUCCAGCUGGACCAAUACGAAAACCAUGGCCUGGUGCCCGAUGGCGCUGUCUGCUCUGACCUUCCUUAUGCCUCCUGGUUUGAGUCCUUCUGCCAGUUUACUCAGUAUCGUUGCUCCAAUCACGUCUACUAUGCCAAGAGAGUCCGAUGCUCCCAGCCGGUCUCAAUUCUCUCACCUAACACUCUCAAGGAGCUAGACACUUCUUCUGUUGAUGCCCAGUCCACCACAGUGACCUCCCCUGCCACCUCCCACGCCACAGCGCCUGCCACAGAGCGACAGGUCUUCCAGCCCUGGCCGGAGCGGCUGAACAACAAUGUGGAGGAGCUUCUGCAGUCCUCCCUGUCCCUGGGAGGCCAGGAGCAGGGGCAGGAGCGCAAGCAGGAGCAGGGGCAGGAGCACAAGCAGGAUCAGGGCCAGGGGCAAGAAGAGCAAGAGGAGGAGCAGGAGGAGGAGGGCAAGCAGGAGGAGGAGCAGGGGACUGAGGAGGAGCAGGAGUCUGUGUCCAGGCUGCGGACAGGGGCGACGGCUAAGCUCCGGGCCGAAUUUAUGUCUUCCAACCCUUUCUCCUUCACUCCCCGGGUGCGGGAAGUGGAUUCCACUCCCCUGAUGAUGGAGAACAUCCAGGAGCUUAUUCGAUCGGCCCAGGAAAUGGAUGAAAUGAACGACAUGUACGAUGAAGACUCUAUCUGGAAAAACCAAAUCCCGGGCAGCCUCCUGCAGCUGCCCCACGUGGACGCCUUGUUGAUUCUGUGCUACUCUAUUGUGGAGAACACCUGCAUCCUCACUCCCACGGCCAAGGCCUGGCAGUAUCUGGAAGACGAGAAGCUGGGUUUUGGGAAGUCGGUCUGCGACAGCCUUGGGCGGCGGCACACAGGUACCUGUGACCUCUGUGGCUUCUGCUCCCUGAAGCUGGAGCAGUGCCACUCGGAGGCCAACCUGCAGCGGCAGCAGUGUGACAGGUCCCACAAGACCGUCUUCAUCAGCCCCCUGCUGGCCUCCCAGAGCCUGUCCGUUGGCAACCAGGUAGGAGGCACCUCAACAGGCCGCUUUUACGGGCUGGACAUGUACGGCGGGCUCCGUAUGGACUUCUGGUGUGCGCGGCUCGCCACAAAGGGCUGUGAAGAUAACCGAGUGGCCGGCUGGCUCCAGACUGAGUUUCUGAGCUUCCAGGAUGGGGAUUUCCCCACUAAGAUUUGUGAUACGGACUAUGUGCAGUACCCCAACUUCUGUGCCUUCAAAAGUCAGCAGUGUCUGAUGAGAAACAGGGAACGAAAGGUGUCACGCAUGAGAUGUCUGCAGAACGAGACUUACAGCAUCUUGAGCCAGGCCAGGAGCGAGGACAUUGUGCUGCGAUGGAGCCAGGAGUUCAGCACCUUGACGAUGGGCCAAGCCGGAUGAGCCCAGGGCCCACCCGUCCGCACCCCAGCCCCGCCUUCCCGCACCCACCCCGUCUGGUCUGUCCGCUAGCUUCAGGCUGCCCCUGAGGAGUCUCUGUCCUGGCCCCUCUUCAGCGGGUCCCUGGGCUUGGGGCCGCUGCCCUGAGAGGC